GUGGUCUGGAGACAAACCGACAGAGUGUCUGAGGUCACCAGUGCACUUUUGUCUGGCACUACCUACACCAUCCACCAGUUGGACCCCUCCACUAUCUACACACUCACUGUAUCAGCUACCAAUGUAGCAGGAAUGAAUACAAGUCUUCCUAUCAUUGUUUCUACUGUGACUAAGAUUAUCCAGAAUGAAAACGUCUCAUGUUCAUGUUCAAAAACGUCACAAACUGACACUGCUAUAAUAAGUGUAGCAGCAGUUGCUGUUACUUUUAUUGUCACCAUUGCUGUUUUAGUAUUAAGCUUUCUGAUGGUUAACAGAUGUAUACAAAAGACUGCAACAAGUAGGAAGACCAGCAGUGAGCCACAAACAACAACCAACGAGGCAUAUGAUACUGUGAGGGAGGCUGGAGUUGAUGAUGAUAUCAACGAAGCAUAUGAAGCAGUUAGAGUGGUUGAGGAAGAAACAAAUGUUGAUUGUAGAAGUGGGCUUCAUACAACUACCAAUGUGGCAUAUAACACAGCGAGACAGAUUGGAGAAGAACCAGAUGAUGAAUACGAGUUUCCUGAGAGCAUUACUCUGGAACACCAGCCCACCACAGCUCGAGACUCAGUCUAUGCGCAAGUGCAACACGGUGCAGAACCUGACUCAGUAUGACUAAAAAGGAACGUAAUUAAAACCUGCACAGUUAGCUACUUGCAAUAAUUAUACUUAAGUUUGCCUGCAUUCAUGUUCAAUUCU